AUGGCUGAUAAAAAGGCAAAGAAGCCGGCUCAACGAGCGACAAGCAAUGUCUUCACGAUGUUUGAGCAGAAACAAGUCCAAGAAUUUAAAGAAGCAUUUGGCCUGAUGGAUCAAGAUCGAGAUGGUUCGAUAUCAUUGGAUGACUUAAAAGAAGUCUACUCGUCAUUGGGAAAGACACCCAAAGAAUCCGAAUUGAAAGAAAUGCUUGAGGAAACAGGUGGACCAGUUAAUUUCACAAAAUUACUGCAAAUAUUUGGCGAUCGAUUGAAUGGUACAGAUGCUGAAGAUAUUUUAAUGAAUGCUUUCAAAACGUUUGAUGAGGAUGGAAAGGGUUUUCUCGAGCGUGAGAAUCUUCGAGAGUUAUUAACUUCAAUGGGAAAACCAAGCGAACGACUAUCUGAUGUCGAGUUCAAUCAAAUGCUAGAAGGAGCACCGGUUGAUCCAAAAGGUUUACUCGAUUAUGGAGCAUUUACCAAACAAAUCAAACGUGGAAAAGAAGAUGACUGA